GGCCCCGGGUCUCCGCGGUGUUGGGGUUGGGGGCGGAGCCGUGGGAAGGGGCGGGCCCUCCGGGUGCGGCCGCGGGGACACCUGUUUCUGGCAUCCUUGUCCUGCGCCGGCUCCUCGGCGCGCGCCCUCCGCCCGUGGGAGCCGGGCCGUGGGGGCGGCCGUCGCGAGCAUGCGCACCGGCACUGCGGCGGGCGGGUGCGGAGUCGGGGCGCGGGGACGCGGGGCGGCGCGAAGCGGGGCUCUCUGCCGCCCCGCGCUCCCAUGUACGCCUUCUAUUCGUUGCUCAUCUAUAUCUUUUACAGCCUCUUCCGCAGGGAUGGCGGAGCAGCGGCGGCCGCGGACCCCGGGGACCCCGCCCAGAGAGCCCGCUGCAAGCCUAGGGGUCGCCGUCGCCCCGACCAGCCCACGCCAGAAUUGUGGACAGAGCUAACCAGCCUGGCCGGCUGCUCGGAGCCUGAGCAUGGGACGGAAGGGGGAGCCGAAGGCCGCCCGGCGGAGGUGUCCCUGGAAGAGGCUCUCCUGCGCCUUGCUGAGUUCCUCUCUGUCCAGCUGGGGGCGGAAGAGAGCUGCGGGAGUUCUCCCGACCUGGGCAAGCCCGGUGAGGUUCCCCCACUGUUGACAGUGACCAGUCAGCUCCUGGCUCUUCUGGCAUGGAUUCGGAGCCCCAGGGGGAGGCAGGCCCUGCUCCAGGGAACUCAGCCAGCCUCUCGGGUGCAGCACCCCACUCCAGAUGGAUCCCCAUCUUCAGAAGAAAGCUCUUCCCACCUCUCUGAAGUCCUGGGGGAGGCAUCGGAAGAUGAGGACCAGAGAGCUUGGCAGCGUCUGGAGCAGCUCAUCCUUGGACAGCUGGAAGAGCUGAAGCAACAGCUGGAGCAGCAGGAGGAGGAGCUGGGCCGACUGCGCCUGGGAGUGGGGGCAACAGACUCAGAGAAAAGGGUGCAGCAUCUAACUCUGGAGAACGAAGCCCUAAAGCAGAGCCUGAGCCUCACUCGGGACCUUUUGCUGCACUGGGCCCCAGGCCCCCUGCCCAGGGCCCCACAGGAGGAGGCGGAGGCACUGGUGGAGCUCCAGGGCCGGCUUCAGGAGGCCCAGGACACCACAGAAGCCCUCCGAGUCCAGCUGGGGGCACAGGAGAUGCAGCUGCAGGGCCUUCAAGGGGCCCUUCAGCAGCUCCAGCAGGAGGCAGAGCAGAACUGCAGACGGGAGCUGCAACAGAUGCACGGGCAGCUGGCAGGUAAGGGCUGGAGGUGGGGGCUCAGGGAAGGCCCUGAGAUCUGGGCUUUCCUUCCAAAAGACUUCCCCUCUCUAGGACUUCGGGCACGGAUGGCCAGCCUGCGUCAGGGUUGUGGGGACCUCCGAGGACUGGUCAGCACCUUCACCCAGAGCUGUCAGGGCUCACUGAGUGAGGCCCGGGGCCAGGUAUCCUGGGCCCUGGGGGCACUGUCAGCAGGAGGGGCUGGCACUCAGCUCCCUGCAGGGCAGCAGGGGCCCCCAGCCGGAUGCCCCGGGCGGCUGCCAGAGCUCAAGGGAAAUAUCCGUGUGCUAUGUCGGCUGAGGCCAGGGACACCCUCCAGCCUGGUGAGCGUGGAGCCCGGCCCAGGGGGCACCGUCACCACCCACUAUCGAGGACGCCAUCGUCGCUUUCGCCUGGACUGGGUCUUCCCUCCAGAUGCCAGCCAGGAGGAGGUGACAGUUACUACUCUUGUACAACUGACAGCAGGGCGUGCCUGGGGUGCUGCAGUGGUGAACAGUGUCCUGACCCCACAGGUCUUCAGGGAGCUGGAGCCAGCUGUGCUGUCCUGCCUCCAUGGCUACAGCGUCUGCAUCUUCACUUACGGUCAGACAGGGACGGGGAAGACCUACAGCAUGGAGGGGCCACCUGAGGACCCUGGCAUAGCUCCUAGAGCACUUCAGUCACUGUUCCGAGAGAUGGGAGCCAGAGGGCAGCACCGUGUGACCCUCAGCAUGGUGGAGAUCUACAAUGAGGCUGUCAGAGACCUUCUGGCCCCAGGGCCUCCUGAGCGCCUGGCUGUGAGGCAGGGCCCAGAAGGCCAGGGGGGUAUCCAGGUGGCUGGCCUUACCCACUGGGACAUACCCAACUUGGAGACAUUGCAUCAGAUGUUGAGCCUAGGGAGGAGCAACCGGGCCACUGCUGCCACCGCCAUGAACCAGCACAGCUCCCGCUCGCAUGCCUUGGUCACGCUGACGCUGCGUGCAGCGUCUCCACCGUGCGCUCCGGGCACCACAGGGACGCUGCACCUGGUGGACCUGGCAGGAUCCGAGCGCGCACGGAAGGCAGGGGAGACCAGCGCGCCCCGGGGAGACCGGGACGGUGCCCGGCGUCUGCGGGAGGCCCAGACUAUCAACCGCUCGCUGCUGGCGUUAGGAGGCGUGAUGGCUGCACUGAGGGCCCACCGGCCGCACGUACCCUUCCGCGACUCGCAGCUCACGCGCCUGCUGCAGCCGGCGCUCGGCCCCGGCAACACUGCGGUGCUGUUGCUGCAGGUGGGCGCCCCGGCAGGCACGGGCACGGGGCCCCGGGAAGGUCGUUUGCAUGCCAGGCGCCGCCCAGUCGGGGCCCGCCCACCAGCACCGCUCCCCCUGCAGAUCUCCACGCGGCCAGAGGAUCUUGGGGAGACUGUCUGCUCACUCAAGUUCGCCGAGCGAGUGGGCCAAGUGGAGCUGGGGCCAGCCCGGCGCCGCAGGGUCCCGCGCUCCUCCGGGACGCCCUCCUCCCUCAGUACAGACACCCCGCUCACUGGGACCCCCUGCACCCCUACGCCGUCCCCCGGCAGUCCUCCAAGCCCCAGUCCAGACAGUGGCUCCGGCUCUGCCCUCGUGCCCCCAGAGGGUUUGCCCCGGUAGUCCUGGGCCUUAGCCCUGGUCUAGGGGGUUGAGGACACACCUCUGCUGGCAGAGGCAGUAGAAAAGUCCCUAUACCCCACAUCCCAGGGCACAACACCCUUGACUUCCAGGGGCCCACUGCCCCGAAACUCCCAGAGUUGCCCCUCCACCUCACCAGCCAGUGUUAUGCCUGGAGAAAUUAUCCCCACCUCCCAAUAAGGCUACAGGGCUCUCAGCUUGCUCCUUAUCACCAUUUGCUGUUAUCACAGCACACAGCAGGGAAUCCCAGAGCCAGGGGGGCCAGAUCUCAGCCAAGUGGUUACCCAAGUCACCACCUCUGACCUCAGAAUCAGGAGGCAUGGCAUUAAAAUGUUGUAAAUUC